CGCUGACUGUAGGUACGCCCUCUGCUCGUAUGUGUGUGUGUCGGUGUGGUCGGAGCGUGUCUGUGUGUUCCUGCGCGCUGGAAGCAGGCGGAUCUCGGAUGUGUCUCGAAGCUCUUAAUCAAGAUUUUGUCGUUGAUCGGUGCCGUGCGAGGAGCCCUGGCUGCAUCAGCAUUCUGGAUAUACAAUCCUGCGUCCGUGGAUACUGAAACGCACACUAACACAGAGAAUCUGACUGCCGUGAACAUCCGGUGUUUUUUCCGCUCUGGGAUCGCGCACGGAGGAGCUAUCAAGUCGGGAAUGUGGAACCAGAAGGGGAGGAGUCAACAGCACGACUCCCUGUGAACCCGCCUCCAUCCUAAAAGAGCCGAGAAGCAUUUACUGCCCGUAACCGGUAGGAUGGUAGCAGGGGAAGUGAGUGGGCACAGCUUCCUGGUGGCAUGCUGGCAGCCCAUUCUGAUCUUGAUGCUGGGCACGGUGCUGUCCGGCUCCGCCACAGGCUGCCCGUCACGCUGCGAGUGCAACGCUCAGGAGCGCGCCGUCAUGUGCCACCGCAAGAAGCUGAUAUCCGUUCCAGAGGGGAUCCCGCUAGAAACCAGACACCUAGACCUUAGCAAGAAUCGGAUGAAAACCAUCAACCCGGACGAGUUUUCCGCCUUCCCGAACCUGGAAGUGUUGGAGCUCAAUGAAAACACCAUCUCGUCCAUCGAGCCGGGCGCUUUUAACAACCUCUAUGGCCUGCGGGCUCUGGGACUUCGCAGUAAUAAACUAAAGCUCAUUCAGCUGGGAGUGUUCACAGGGAUCAGUAACCUAACAAAUCUGGAUAUCAGUGAAAAUAAGAUCGUCAUUCUGCUGGACUACAUGUUCCAGGACCUGUAUAACCUGCGUUCUCUGGAGGUGGGGGAUAAUGAUCUCGUCUUCAUAUCCCAUCGGGCAUUUCACGGCCUCAGCAGCCUCGAGCAGCUCACGUUAGAAAAGUGCAACCUGACCUCUGUCCCGACGGAGGCGUUUACGCACCUCCACAGCUUGGUCACGUUGCGUUUACGGAACCUCAAUAUCAACAGUAUCAGAGACUACAGUUUCAAACGGCUGUACCGCCUCAAGGUGUUGGAGAUCGCCAACUGGCCCUACCUGGACACCAUGACCACCAACUGCUUGUACGGAUUGAACCUCACGUCCCUGACGAUCACUAACGCGAACCUGACGGCGAUUCCGUACUUGGCUUUGCGGCAUCUGGUGUAUCUUCGGUUCCUCAACAUGUCCUACAAUCCCAUCCAGAUUAUUGAAGGGAACCGGCUUCAUGACCUUCUCCGGUUGCAGGAGUUCCACCUGGUGGGUGGUCGGCUGAUGAUGAUAGAGACCUACUCCUUCAGAGGCCUCAACUACCUCAAAAUCCUCAAUGUGUCCAGCAACUCACUGACCACCCUGGAGGAGUCGGUAUUCCAUUCGGUGGGCAACCUGGAGACCCUCGCACUGCAUGAUAACCCGCUGGCUUGCGAUUGUCGUCUGCUCUGGGUUUUCCGACGCCGGUGGAGGCUCAAUUUCAACCGUCAGCAGCCCACCUGCGCGUCGCCGGAGUUCGUUCAAGGUAAAGAGUUUAAAGACUUCCCUGAUGUCCUUCAGCCCAAUUAUUUUACUUGUCGCAAGUCAAGGAUUCGAGACCGCAAGCAGCAGAGAAAGUUAAUCGAUGAGGGCACCACUGUCCACUUCGUGUGCCAGGCGGACGGAGACCCGACACCCGUUAUCAUGUGGUUGUCCCCACAGAAACAGUUCAUCACCACCAAAACGAUAGGACGGCUGACGGUUUUCCCAGACGGGACCCUGGAAGUGCGCUACGCUCAGAUUCAAGACAACGGCACGUACGUGUGCAUCGCUAGCAAUGCGGGUGGAAACGACACGGCUUUGGCCCACCUCCACGUUCAUAGUUACUCCCCAGACUGGCCUAGUCAACCCAACAAAACCUUGGCAUUCAUCUCCAACCAACCAAACGACAACGGAGCCAAUGGAACGAAAGCGAUGGUCCCGUUUCCGUUUGAUAUAAAGACGCUUAUCAUCGCCACCACCAUGGGUUUCAUCUCCUUCCUGGGCGUGGUUCUGUUCUGCCUAGUUUUGCUUUUUCUGUGGAGCAGAGGCAAAGGGAACAGCAAACACAACAUUGAGAUCGAGUACGUGCCGCGCAAGUCGGACGCUGGGAUGAGCAGCAGCGGUGCAGACGCCCCUCGGAAAUUUAACAUGAAGAUGAUAUAACCGAGCCCGGGAGCUCAAAAGACCCUUUUAACGACAGACUCAUAAAGACAAAAACGAAAUUCCCUGCCUGAACGACCUCCCCAAAGAGGAGACGUGUUUUUUCCUCUCUUAACUUUAAAGACGGAUGUAAGGCACAUGGGUUGCGCUUUUUGUUCGGCGGUGGACUUGAGAGGGGAGGAAAAUUCUCCUCGCGCGCGAUGGCCGCUUUAAUUCAGCCUACGGGACCAAUAUCUUCUCGAAGGAUAUGUUUUAAAACAUUGUUCCUGUGGAUUUCUAUAUGGGCGAAAAUAUGAAACAAAAUCUUUUGUGUCGACCUCCAGAAUGGAAAGGCAGAGCAUCCUUCUAACUGUGUUCCUGCUGCCUGCAUCCUUUUUGUUUGUUUGUUAUUUGUUUAACCCAUCCGUUUUUUGUUUUUUACUAAAAUCAAUAGUUUUGACAGAGUAGAAAAAUCAGGGGUGAAAUUCACAUUAACAAAACUAACAGUUGCCCAAAUACGUCUUAUUUUGUGAAAAAUAAUAGAUAUGUUUUGUCUGUUGAAUGCCAUUCCAGCCAUAUAGUUCUAGAAAUGCUUUUACUCUUCCUUUCUUUCUUUUGUAUCUGUACUCUGGUUUUAAUUUUUCUUUGGCAUCCGUGUUGUAGAUGUAUUUGUUGGCUAAAUCAAGAAAAUUUAUUAGAGGAGCAACGAAG